AUGGAUAAGAUGCUAGCCUUUUUCGUCUUGUGCGGGCUGUCAUCGGUUUUGGCUGCUCCACUGGAAGGAAAUUCUCAUCGACUUCUUCCACCUUUGGAUCACGAAGAGGUCCACGAUGAGUUUGGUCAGUUUGCCUUGCGGUAUGUGACAGCAGAAGGUACCGUCGUCUCGGAGCGCGGUCGGCUGAUUCCUGCACUAGAUGGUGCCGGCUAUGUCAUGAUGUAUUUCGUUGGAGUUCUCUGCUUGCUGUGGUCAGUGGUAGCGUUGCCAACGCCCGAGCAGCUACAUACUAACGUACCAGCUCCACCAUCACUACCAGAACUUAACCCAGAUGAGAAAGAUAAGAAUAUCAUUGAAGAUGUUUUAGUUGACCCAAUACCACCCGUGAUCGAAGAUGCUAGCUCUUUAGACAAAGAAAUCAAGGAAAAUUUUGAUCGGCCGAAGGAAGAAGCAGAGCUUAUUGAUAAACCUAAAGAAGAAGAAGAAAAGGAGAAAGAGGAAGCGGAUAAGAAAGAAAUAGAAAAGGAAAAUGAAGAAGGGAAGGAAGUAAAAGAUGAAGAUGUUGUAAAAGUAAUUGAACAGUCUGCCGAUCCCAAGGAAAAACCAAAAGAAGAGGAACCUAAAGAAGACAAAAAGGAAGAAGAAUCAAAGGACGAAGAAGUUGACGAAGGUCCUAUUAUAGUACAAAUAUUCAAGCCAAAACCGUAUUUGGCUGAUCUUUUUUCGCAAUUCUUCCCUGGCUUCCAAUUUCCGCACUUUUCAUUGCCAGAUUUUCUCCGACCCAAGAGUUCUGACCCUUUAGAAUUAGAUGAGCCUGUGUAUAUUAUCAAAGAAUUGGAUUUUAAAUAA